UCGGACUUUUCGGCUUCCUCUUUCUCUGAAGUGACUUUUUGGGUCACCGAUGACGUCGCGGUCACCCCCGGUUCGGACCUGGCGGGUCACCAGAAGCCCUUAUGAAGUGUGACGGUUCGAGCGCUGAGUCGUGGAGAUGGACCGGAGCGCACUCUGGAUAUGCAGCAUGCUGCUUCUACUCGCCGGGUUCUGUGUGGGCUCGCCGAGCCACGGUCGUCGGCUCGUCUGCUGGAAGGCGAUCCUCAAGUGCCACGGAGAGCCGGAGUGCCAUUACGCGUACGACCAGUACAUGUACGCGUGCGCCGCCGUCCUGGCCGGCGAGCGCAAGAAGUGUCCGAGCCACUGCAUCUCUUCUCUGGUCCAGCUCAACCUGACCCGCAGUGGACCGGCUCUGGAGGACUGCGACUGCGCCCUGGAUCCGGUCUGCAGGCUCACCAAGCAGGCCAUCGAGCCGUGCCUGCCGCGCACCAGACCCCUGGGCUGCACCGAGGCGCGGUACCAGUGCGAGUCGGACCCGUCCUGCAGCGCCGCGAUGCAGGAUUACUUGGUCCACUGUCGGAACCUGUUCGGCGGCGGUCGGUGUUCGGAGUCGUGCCGGAGAGUGAUCGCCUACAUGCGGACCAUCAAGAAGGCGCAACAGCUGGACACGUGCGUGUGCGACGGCGCGGAGCGGAACAUUUGCGAGUACGUCAAAGUCAGCAUGGAGACCUGCUCGGACUCCGUGGACGGGUUCGAAGGGAGCGGCUUGUCGGACUCGGAGGACGAGCCGGAGGACGACUAUCCGGAUUAUGGCGCGGAGAGUUGCGGCGAGCAUCCAGCUGGUGUCCCCGAGCUGCAGCUUCUCACCUCCGUCUUUGUUUUGAGCAGAUUUUUGUGACGAAAAAUCACCGCACGCCUGAACCCAAAACCUCCCUGAUAAUCAAAAGUUUCACCUCGAAAUAUAUUUGACUUAAACACCAUCAUACACUCGUUCUGCUGCACUGAAAUGUAGAAUUGACUGAAGAACUUCACUUGUUUUUUUUUUUAUCCUCAGAGUCGCCGACUACAUCCACAACACCCCAGAAAUGGGAUUUUUUUUUUCAUAUUUGGAAUCAAGGCCAUUUGAGAGUGAAGUAGUUUUUCAAGGAGUGAAACUUUAAAUCUCUCUCCAAAGAGAUUUGUGGCAGCUAACCAAAGAAACACUGUGAUGUAGUGGUAGUGAGUGUGGAGCUCAUCCUGCAGAGGUUUAACAUGUCGGAGCUCAGCAGAACAGCAGUGAAUGACGUCGUUUUUAGGUCGUGCGUUUGAACUAAAAUGCCAAUGUUCAACAGCGAGGCUCAUUUUCUGACCAGAAUCGGGGCUCUUUUUUUGAGUUUUUCAGUCUCAUAACCACCAAGGUCCACACACUACUGUGUUGAUAUGUUUCUGCUUGCUGUUGGCCUCAUUGAUAUGAACUGUGUGGUCAUGUGACUCGACGUGUUACUGGGUGAAUUUCACAUCAAAAUCGUUUUGCAUUCAUCUGUUGACACACUUCACUUGUGCUUUGCAGAUUCUCCAGCCCUCGUGGUUCUGGAUCUGUUUACACUGAAGGAUCCUGUUUUUGUAUAGAUAUAUA